AUGGAACAAGAUAAUAAUAACGAUAAUAUCGAAGGUACAGAAGAAACUUAUAUCAAUCCAAAUGAAGCACAUAGUGAAGUUGUCAUUGACCAAAAACCAGUUGUAGAAGAUGAUGAGGAUAUGAUGGACGAAGGUGGUGACGAAGGUAUGGAAGAUGCUGAACCAGAAGAGGAUGAAGACUUUGUAGAUGAAUCAGUCCAAGGUUUCUUUGAACAUACAGAUUCAGUCUAUUGUAUUAAUAAUAAUAAAGUAUAUCCAGGUGUAGUUGCUACUGGUGGUGGUGAUGAUACAGCAUAUAUUUGGAACUAUACAAAUGGUGAAAAAAUUCAUCAAUUAAAAGGCCAUACAGAUUCAGUUAGUAAAAUACAAUUCAAUUUUGAUGGUAAAUUAUUAGCUACUGGUGGUAUGGAUGGUAUUGUUAAAAUUUGGGAUGCUCAAUCUGGUACUUUACAAGUUAAUUUAGAAGGUCCAACUGAAUCUAUUGAGUGUAUGGAAUGGCAUCCAAAAGGUAAUAUCCUUUUAGCAGGUUCUUCAGAUUGUUUAGCUUUUAUGUGGUCAACCUUAAAAGGUGAUAUUGUUGGUACAUUUGCAGGCCAUAAUGGUCCAGUUACAUGUGCAAUGUUUACACCAGAUGGUAAAAAGGUUAUUACAACUUCAGAAGAUCGUUCAAUGAAAGUUUGGAAUCCAAAAGAUUCAACCAAUCAAUUUACAUUUACUGGUCAUGGUUUCCAUGAAAAUAUUAUUACUUGUAUGGAUAUUAGAAAAGAUAGUGUUAUUGCUGUUACUGGUGGUGAUGAUCAUUUCGCUUGUGUUUCAAAUUUAAAUACUGGUAAAGUUAUUGGUAAACUUAAUGGUCAUACUGAUGCAAUUGUUUCAAUUUCAAUGAGUAAUGUUAAUCAAAAUUGGUGUCACACUGGUUCAUUAGAAGGUACAAUUAAUGUUUGGGAUGUUAAUACUCUUCAACAAAGAUCAACCUUUAAACAUAAAAAUACAGUUACUAAAUUACUUGCACAUCCAACCCAACCAGUUGUUUUCAGUAGUAGUGUAGAUAAAACCAUCGGUGUUUGGGAUGAAAGAAAUGGUCAAUUAAUUAAACAAUUCAGAGGUCAUCAAGAUUCAAUUUUAGAUUUCGAUAUUACCAAUGACGGCAGAGUUAUUUCUGCAUCCGAUGAUAAAGUUUCUUUAGUUUUCUCUUUAAAUCCACCAUCAAAUUAA